GGUCGGGGGUGUGUGUGUGCUUGACGAGGGCAAGGGGGUUUCAUCUAGAGCCAAGUGACACGUCAAAGUCUGCACACCCCGGAGGAGGACUUCUCGCCGUGGUCUGGCCGUCGGGUCCCGGUACUGUACAGUUGAUUUGAAGGUGAGAAGAACGUCAUCUUCAGGAUGGGCUUCAGUGAGCUGCUGGAUGAGAUGGGCGGUUUUGGGCGCUACCAGUGGCUCCACGUGACCCUCAUCAGUUUCCCGGGCCUGCUGAUGGCGAGUCAGAACCUCCUGAACAACUUUGUCUCAGGGACCCCCGGGCACCACUGCAGCGUGUCCACCAAUCAUAGUCUCUGGAACCUCACGCAGCAGGUGGACCGGCAAGACGUUUUGAAGGCCUUCAUCCCAAUGGACGCCUCUGGGACGCGACUGGAUCGCUGCAGGAGAUACGUGACGCCGCAGUGGGAGAUGCUAACUGCCAACAACUCGGCUAACGUCAGUCACCUGCCCACCGAAAGCUGCGCGGACGGCUGGACUUUCGAGUCCUCGGAGUUCCGAGCCACCACCGUUUCCGAGUGGGAUUUGGUGUGUACGCGGCGUCCCCUCAAGCAGAUGAUCCAGACGGUGUACAUGGGUGGCGUUUUAGCGGGCGCCGUCGUCUACGGCGGCCUGUCCGACAGGUUCGGGCGGCGCUCUAUCCUGAUUUGGUCGUACCUGCAGCUGGGCGUCCUGGGCUCCUGCUGCGCCCUGUCGCAGUCUUACUCCAUCUACUGCAUGUUCCGCUUCCUGAGCGGCAUGGCGGUGUCAGGCAUCAUCCUCAACUCCGUCUCCCUGAAGGUGGAGUGGAUCCCGACCAAAACCCGGACUCUGGCAGGAACGCUCACCUCCUUCUACUUCACCUUUGGUCAGAUGGUCUUGGCUGGCUUGGCUUAUUGGCUGAGGGACUGGAGGAAGCUGCAGUUGGUGGUGUGCGUUCCCCACUUCCUCUCCUUUGCCUUCAGCUGGUGGUUGGCAGAGUCGCCGCGGUGGCUGGUCCUUCGGGGUCGAUCCCAGGACGCCUUGAAGACCCUCCGCAGAGUGGCUCGCAUCAACGGAAAACCCCAAAUGACGGAAAAGCUGACGCUGGAGGUGCUUCACUCCCACAUGAGCAAAGAGAUGGAGUGCCAUCACAAGACGCUGACCGCCUACGACCUGCUGAGGACGCCCGCCAUGAGACGCAUCUCUGUUGGCCUCAUCGCCGUCUGGUUCUCUACCAGCUUUGCGUACUACGGUUUGGCGAUGGACCUGCAGAAGUUUGGGGUGAGUAUCUACGUGAUGCAGCUCAUCUUUGGAGCCGUGGAUUUUCCCUCCAAGUUUGCGGCUCUGGCCAUGCUCACUUUCCUCGGGAGGAGGGUGACUCAGGCCUUGUGCCUCCUCAUGUCCGCCCUCGUCAUCUUCGCCAACACCUUAGUCCCGACGGACAUGCAGGUCGUCAGAACCACGUUGGCGUGUCUUGGUAAGGCCUUCACCUCGGCGUCCUUUACUACCGUUUACUUGUACACUGGAGAACUUUACCCAACCAUCAUCAGGCAAACCGGAAUGGGUCUGGUGUCCACGAUGGCCAGAGUGGGCAGCAUGGCGGCCCCCGCCGUACUCAUCUUGGAUGAGGUUUUCCCCGCUCUGCCCAGUGUGGUUUACGGGGGUGCGGCCGUGCUGGCUUCAGGCUUCGCUUGCUUGCUGCCGGAAACGCUCAAUGUUCCGCUGCCGGACACGAUCCAGGAUGUGGAGGAGAGAUGGUCUGGAAAAAGGCACGACGGCCAGAAGGAAGGUUCGUCAGAAGACGAGCAAGUGGAGCUGUCUUUAAAACAAGUGAAAGAAGUUGAAGGAAGCGGUCUCAAUGCCCUCUGACCAAUUAUUCACAGAUGUGAUCAUUUGAUCCGUCUUUUAUUUGUUUUGUAGUAAUCAUAUGAUGUGUUGAUAUACAAUUGUAACCCGUGUCUUUCAUUUAUAUGAAAUAGGCAUCGAUUGAUCCAAUUAAUGUGCCGUCUGAUACAGAAACAAGAAAUAUAAAUGGUAAUGAUGAAAGAGACUAUGUUUUGUUUUCAACUGUUCUGUCGUCCUAAUCUUGUCUGUCCACAAGCUGUUUCAAAAGAAUGAACAUGUCAAAUAAGUUACGGUGGAGGUCAAAUAUGAAUAAAUUAAGUAGUCAUUCUUA